UGGUUAAUGCUGAAAGUACCCGGUCCCAUAGGGUGGCCAUUCAUUGGCAUAGCACACAAAAUAAAGCAAAGAGAAAAAGAGAAUAAUCUAUUACCGAUCGGUGACGAAUUUUUUAAAAAAUAUGGUUCAACAUUUUUGGCCUGGUUGGGCCCAACACCGUUUAUACUGACUGCUGAUCCCCAGGUGGUCCAGGACAUUCUAACUUCCCCACAUUGUAUUAAUAAGAGUCCAGAAAUUUAUAUCCUUCUGAAGGAGCUGUUCGGCAAUGGUCUAGGAACAUCAAAAGGUGCUACGUGGAUGCAACAUAGAAGAAUACUAAAUUCAGCAUUCAAACAUAAUGUUAUCAAUAGUUUUUUGCCAACAUUCAAUAGUGAAACAAAAAGUCUGCUGCAAACAAUGGACAGUUAUGUGGGUCAAGGAGGAAAGAAUCUUUUUAGGCCCUUAAAAAAAGUGACUCUUGGAACAUCUAUACAAUCCCUAAUGGGUGUCAAUGCUAAGAAUGAGGACUGCAUUAAGAAUAAUAAUCUACUCGAAAGUUAUGAAAGGGCAUUAGAAAUCGGACACAUAUUAAUCUAUCAACCACUAUAUAGGCGCUUCUGGAAAAAAGAAUAUCAAUUUACCCAAAUAAAAACCAAAAUACGAAACACCUAUGAAAAGAUUGUGCAAAUGAAUCUGGAAACAAGUAUAUCGUCAAAUGAUGAAAAUAUAUUUAUUAACCAGGCAAUGAAGCACUUGAAGAUGGGAAACCUAUCGUAUCAAGAUGUUGUAGAUGAAUGCUCUUCCGUUACUUUUGCAGGUUUUGAGUCAACCUAUACCACAAUUGGCAAUACUCUAAUGCUACUAGCAAUGUUUCCACACUUCCAGGAGAAGGUAUAUGAGGAGUUAAGGGAAAUAUUUCCCAACACAGGUGAUUUUGAUGUCACCCAUGGGGAUUUACAGAAAAUGGACUAUUUGCAACGAGUGUUGAAUGAAAGUAUGAGAUUAUUUCCAGUUUUACCGAUUAUUGCACGACGUACAGACCAAGAUGUGCAACUUUUGAACGGUAUUAUAGUGCCAAAAUUCACCAAUGUGGCAAUAGGCAUUUUUCACAUGCAUCGAAGUAAGGACAUAUGGGGACCAGAGGCGAAUACAUUCAAUCCUGAUCAUUUUCUACCACAUAAUAUCAAGGAGAAACAUUCAUAUGCCUAUAUACCAUUUGCCAAAGGCUCCAGAAAUUGCAUAGGUUGGAGCUAUGCAUUGAUGUUCAGCAAACUGACAUUGGCCAAAUUAUUGAGAAAUUAUAAAUUUCAUACAGAUUUUCGUUUUGAGAAUUUGAAGCCAAUUCACUCUGUGAGUCUUAAAUUUAAUGAAGUUCCCUUGUUGGAAUUAGAACGAAGAUACUAA